CCUCUGGCUCCCAGAGGCCCCGCCCUCAAGCCUCUCAGCAGCUCCGCCCUUCACUCCUCUCCCGCCCCGAGUCGCAGCGGCUCCGCCUCAUCUCGAUCCGCGUUUCCGCCAGUCCCACCGCGAGCCCUUUUCGUGCCUGCUCGGCUGCCGUAGCCGCGCCGUGCGUCGCCCCCGGCCGGGCGGGGCGGCGUGGCGGGCGGGGAAAGAUGGCGGAGGCUUCCCCGCAGCCGGGGCGGUAUUUCUGCCACUGCUGCGCGGCCGAGAUCGCUCCGCGCCUGCCGGAUUAUAUUUGCCCAAGGUGUGAAUCUGGUUUUAUUGAAGAACUUCCGGAGGAGCCCAGGAAUGCCGAGAAUGGUUCCAGCUCUUCCGCAUCGACCAGCGAUCAGAGCAGGCAUCCAUUCGAGAACGUGGAUCAGCACUUAUUCACCUUGCCACAGGGCUAUGGCCAGUUCGCCUUCGGGAUUUUUGAUGACAGCUUUGAGUUUCCUGCCUUUGGGUCCAGUGGCCAAUCUGAAGACAACAGGGACUCCGAGAACCGGCGGGAGAGAGAACACCAGUCUCGGCACAGAUAUGGCGCAAGGCAGCCCCGAGCCCGUCUCACUGCGCGGCGUGCCACUGGCAGGCACGAGGGAGUCCCGACUCUGGAAGGAAUUAUACAGCAGCUGGUCAAUGGCAUUAUUGCACCUACAACAAUACCAAACCUAGGACUAGGCCCUUGGGGAGUCUUGCAUUCGAAUCCAAUGGACUAUGCCUGGGGUGCCAAUGGCUUGGAUGCAAUUAUUACACAGUUAUUAAAUCAAUUUGAAAACACUGGCCCCCCUCCAGCAGACAAAGAGAAGAUCCAAGCGCUCCCCACCGUUCAGAUAACAGAGGAACACGUAGGUUCCGGGCUCGAGUGUCCUGUAUGUAAAGAGGAUUACACACUCGGUGAAAAUGUCCGGCAAUUACCCUGCAAUCAUCUAUUCCACAACGGGUGUAUAGUCCCUUGGCUGGAACAGCACGACACAUGCCCCGUGUGCCGGAAAAGUUUAAGUGGACAAAACACAGCCACGAAUCCCCCAGGACUCACAGGGAUGAAUUUCUCCUCCUCCUCGUCUUCCUCUUCCUCCAGCUCUCCAAGUAAUGAAAACUCGUCAAACAACUCAUGAAUCCUAGCCCAGCCCCGGCCCGCGUUCCCUGUCCAUAGCCCUUCCUCCCUAGCCAACAUAAGCAACUAAGGGCCUUCCGGAGCGGAGCAAGGGGGGGGACUGAAACCCAGCAAUUCCCUCAUGAGGCCCCUGGUUCUUCAGAGACGAGACACCUCAGUGGGGGGAAGUUCUCUGAAUUCAUCGCGUCGCCGCGUGGACUCUUAAAACUGCCGUGAAAGGCCGUUAAGCUUCACCAAUUGGAAACCCAAGGUGCUGAGCGAUUGGCUGCGACUCCAGCUGGGGGAAGGUGGCUUGUAUGGUUUUGAGAUUCCGCUCUUUAUAUUCUGCCCCCCCCCCCCCGCUCCUCCCUCCCUUAUGCUUUGAAGUUUUGAACCUUUAAAAUGACAAUGUAACAAAAUCUGGUUUGCGCCGAGGAUUUCCAAGUGGGGAGGGCGAGUGAGGGUCGGGGAGUUGCCAGAGAAGAUGUGAACUCUUGGAAUAGACGAGCUAUCCCUCCCUCCCUCCCCUCCCACAGUCCCUUUUUGUUUUCUUUAUAACUUCACCCUUCUCAUAGUCAACACCGAAAGGGUUUUUAUAAUUUUAAAUUAUUACUGCUGUUAAAUAAAUGGACAUUUCAGCUCAACAA